CCCUGCGUUUUAAAAUAAUGCCCGCGGCGGCCGCGCGACCAUGCAAUGGCGAGCGCUCGUCCUGGGGCUGGUGCUCCUCCGGCUCGGCCUCCACGCGGUGCUGUGGCUCGUCUUCGGGCUGGGGCCGAGCAUGGGCUUCUACCAGCGCUUUCCGCUCAGCUUCGGCUUCCAGCGCUUGAGGGUCCGGGACGGCGUGUCUCCACCAGGCUCAGGGGCUUCAGGGCCGCCCGGGGGCCCGGCGUGGCUGCACCGGCCUCUGCUGGGGAAGGCGGCCGCUCGGCGCGAGGCUCCGGGGCGGCCGGGGUCGGGCGUGUGCGGCCCGGCGCACUGGGGCUACACGCUGGGCGGCCGCGGUUCCGGCCCGGACGAGUACGAGCGGCGCUACACUGGCGCCUUCCCGCAGCAUUUGCGCGCCCGGAUGCGCGACCUGGCCCGGGGCAUGUUCGUCUUCGGCUAUGACAACUACAUGGCGCACGCCUUCCCUCAGGACGAGCUCAACCCCAUCCACUGCCGCGGCCGGGGGCCGGACCGCGGGGACCCUUCAAAUCUGAACAUCAAUGACGUCCUGGGAAAUUACUCCUUGACUCUUGUUGAUGCCUUGGAUACACUUGCAAUAAUGGGAAAUUCAUCAGAGUUCCAGAAAGCCGUCAAGUUAGUCAUCAACACUGUUUCCUUUGACAAAGAUUCCACCGUUCAAGUCUUUGAGGCUACAAUAAGGGUUCUGGGAAGCCUCCUUUCUGCUCACAGAAUAAUAACUGACUCCAAACAGCCCUUUGGUGACAUGACAAUUGAGGAUUAUGAUAACGAAUUAUUGCACAUGGCCCAUGACCUGGCUGUUAGACUCCUGCCUGCUUUUGAAAACACCAAGACAGGGAUUCCCUAUCCUCGGGUGAAUCUAAAGACGGGCGUUCCUCCUGACAGCAACAAUGAGACGUGCACCGCAGGAGCUGGCUCUCUUCUGGUGGAAUUUGGGAUUCUGAGCCGGCUGCUAGGGGAUUCCACCUUUGAGUGGGUCGCCAGACGAGCCGUGAAAGCCCUCUGGAACCUUCGGAGCAACGACACGGGACUAUUAGGCAAUGUUGUGAACAUCCAGACAGGUCAUUGGGUUGGAAAGCAAAGUGGCUUAGGUGCUGGGUUGGAUUCCUUCUAUGAAUACCUCCUGAAAUCUUACAUUCUCUUUGGAGACAAAGAGGACCUGGAGAUGUUUAAUGCUGCGUAUCAGAGCAUUCAGAGCUACUUGAGGAGAGGACGGGAAGCCUGUAAUGAAGGAGAAGGAGACCCUCCACUCUACGUCAAUGUGAACAUGUUUAGUGGGCAGCUCAUGAACACCUGGAUUGACUCUCUGCAGGCUUUCUUCCCUGGUCUGCAGGUUCUGAUAGGAGAUGUGGAAGAUGCCAUCUGCCUCCACGCCUUCUACUAUGCCAUAUGGAAGCGGUAUGGGGCGCUCCCUGAGAGGUAUAACUGGCAGCUACAGGCCCCUGAUGUUCUGUUCUACCCACUGAGACCAGAGUUAGUGGAAUCCACCUAUCUCCUCUACCAGGCAACCAAGAAUCCUUUCUACCUCCACGUGGGAAUGGACAUUCUACAGAGUCUGGAAAAGUACACAAAAGUCAAAUGUGGAUAUGCCACGCUACAUCAUGUCAUAGACAAGUCUAAAGAAGACCGGAUGGAGAGCUUCUUUCUGAGUGAGACCUGUAAAUACUUGUAUCUGCUGUUUGAUGAGGAGAAUCCAGUGCACAAGUCUGGGACCAAGUACAUGUUUACAACAGAGGGUCACAUUAUAUCUGUGGACAAACGUCUUCGGGAAUUGCCUUGGAAGGAAUUCUUCUCUGAAGAUGGAGAGCGGGACCAAGAGGAAAAGUUUGUGCACAGGCCCAAGUCUCAGGAGUUCAGAGUCGUCAACUCCAGUUCUAAUUGCAAUCGUGUUCCUGAUGAACGGAGAUAUUCCCUGCCCUUAAAGAGCGUCUACAUGCGCCAGAUCGACCAGAUGGUUGGCUUGAUUUGACCUGCUCACCUCACUAUGGUCAGACCUUCAACCAAACCCAACCAUACCAAAAUCUCCUCUGAGGUGGAAGAGUCUGUCCAUCUGUGAUGGUGUAGAAAUUUCUGUCCAGCUCCUUACCUCCAGUUAAUUCUUGCACACUUAGUGUUUCCCUUCUGUUUAAUAAAAUGCCAUAUUUUUCUGAGGAUAUAAUUAGAAAAGAGAAGUUGCCACGGAAGUUGGCUUCUUGUGAUCUGCUGACGUUCUGAAGCACAGUAACCGCAGCAUCUCUGGAGGAGUCCUCCCGGCUCCAUGCGUGGAAUCCCAGUCUCCCCGCUUUGCCACCACUGCUGUACCACAGUACCUCUUUGCUAGAGGAUCAUGAAUGCAAUUCUUGUACAAAGGCCCUGAGAUUCACUUGGCAUCACUACUUACUGCAUUGACUGUGCCAUCCUUUCUCUCUCUUAAUGGAUCAUUGGAUUGUCCCCAAGAUACUCAGCCAUGAUUUUGGAUCACAUCGGGGGGAAAGUCACUCAGUUCUUUUACUCCCUCAAGUAAUUUAUACAGUGUUAUUGUUUAACUAAUGAUCUAGCCAGAAGUCUGAUAGGCAGCCUCUGAAGUUAAGUUGUGAUGUAAGAGGUUAACUAACAGAUCUUUUGGCCUGCAUUUUGCACUUCUUUUGAAUCUGAAUUUACCUGAAGAAUUCUCCUAGUUCAGAACCAUGUGCCUCUUAGGGAGAAGAGAUACCCUAAGAUUGUCUGAGUGUCCAUCUUUCUUGUGCUUCUUAACCAAGGAUUCUCUGUUCUGACCAUCUUUGGGUUAGAGUUUCGUUUGCUUGUCUAGUGCCAAUUAGCUAAUCAGGGACAAAGAAACAAUCAGAUGACUUUCUGACAUCCUUGAGCCAUUUCUCUGUGUAAUACAGGCUUUAGAUUAGUGCCUUAUGGGUUUUUGUUUGGGCCAUUGACUGUCAUAGCUACUGCUGUGGCUGUAGACAGCUUUUUUAGUUUUGCCAUAUGACAGGAUGAACAGGGAAUAGGGUGGGUGUGAAGAAGAUUCUGGAAAUUGAUUGGUCAAUCAUUGCCUUUUAAAACCUGUGAUUUUAACCAGGCAUAUAGGAAGGAGGAAACAGUGCUACAAUGUUUUUUUUGUUGUUAUUUCCUUAGCUGGAAUAGAAGGUUCUCUUUGAAUUUACACUGACUGCUCCUACAAAGCAGAGCUGGGCCUGACCCCUCGCCUGCCCUCCCUUCACCGUGACAAGGCUGAAAGGCAUCCUAAUGGAAAGGGUGAGAAGUCUGUGGAAAACCUCCAGCCUCGUGUAUCUUGUAUCUCAGCCGUCACUGCAACUGUACACUUCACAUGAUUUCACUCCAGUCUUCCUAUAACUAGAAAAAUAGAGAGCCUGUCUAAACCAUUGCAUUUUUAGUCAGAAAGGAGAAAUUUUAUUUUAUUUUUUAAAAGUAAUAUCUAUUUUGAAAAUAGAUAUUCAGUUCUUUGACAUUUUUAGAGUGGGGGUUUUCAGUAGUGUCACUUUGUUUUUUAAACAUUGACUAUACAAUUUGUUUUAAAGUAUAAAAUAUCAAAUGUUUCUGUUUCCUUGAUUUCACAAGCAUUGUUCUGUUUAUCAACAGUGUCCCAUCUGUAUAGAAAGCUUUAUUUGAGAAUAUUACCUGCUUUACAUGUUUUUGUUAACUCAGUAACAGUGUUAAAUGCGUGCAUGUACAGGUGUCUGUACCCCUAGACCUUGUCUCCAGACACAUUCAGGUAAUAACUGGUAAUGAUCCACCAGGGACAAUGAAGCAUGAUCAGGGAAGGAAGGAAGUUCUUCAUGCCUCUGUCUUUUCCUUACUUCUGCCCCCAUCAUUCUGUCUUGUUCCUGAGGCAGUUAUAUGUGAACACCCAACAUUCUCCUUCUUAUCUGGGCCCUUCAUUUGUUACAUAUUUCUUAUCCCCCCUGCUCUUGGAAUAGGGAUUUAUGUCUGGAAAUACAAUGGUACCUUGAGUGCUACCCAUGAAUCUCGUGCAGGCAGACAUGCAAAGUAUUUUAGUAAAUUUCACAGCCUCUUGACUUCUGGGUACUCAUUGACAAGGCCAAUGGUAAGGUAGAUGUUUCCUAUAAAUCCUGGUUAUUGAGCUUCCAGACUACUCAGGGUAAAGUUUCAUGUUAUGUAGUCACUGAUAUGUGGGAUCAGAUAAGGAACACUGUCUAGUGCCAGUCAUAAAAAGAACACUGUUUGAGGCAGGUUCAAAGCUACUUGCUUUCUUUCUGAAAAUCAAACUGUCAGCAACUGUGAUAUAUCUUAUGGUAUGUUUGCUCUUCCUUCUAUUCUCUGUCCUGAAAUCUGGGGAGAGGUUCUUUUGCUCAGUUCUUUGUCCCUACAAUGACUGGAAUCUGAACAGAUGUCAUCUGUGAAGGCGGACUGCGUGUUGUGUUCCCACGAGUGGUGUCUCGUGUCAGCUUUGGUCAGUAUGCUCAAAGUUGCAAAAUGAAAGCUGCCUUAGGAUUAGGCUUGGUAAGUCCAGUUCUCCCACCAUUAAUGGCCUUGGCUUAGCUGAUCUAAAUACUGUGACUGAGGAAUUCUAUUCUCCUGAAAGAGGAGGUAACAAAGGUGGCUCUCAAUGUUUUGGCUAUUGUGAAAAACUGGCUUUGUUCUCAAAGCCUACCUUCAGUUUUUUCCUAGCUCUUUUUCUAGAGCUUGCUCUUCCUAACUGAAUUUCUAGUUUUGAUGGUGUCCUGGGCUUUUCUUGUCUUGGAUUGUGGACUCUGCAUAUGAUGUUCAAAUAGUUUUGUGUAUUUAAAGGAAUACACAUCAGGGUGGUGUCUGGAUGAAUGUCAGCAGAGAGUUCAUAUUACUGGUUUUGUUAAGAACAGUUGCACAACCCUGGGGCCACCAUUCCCUCUUGCCCUUCCUCUCACCCCCAUGGAGGAAAAUAUCCCUCUUCACUAGUUCUUCACCUGCUUUAGUGAAUGACCAUCCCCUAUGGUUCUUCACUUUGGAUCUUGUAGACUGCAUCAGACGUUCCUUUCCUCCAGGGCUCCGAGCUCUUGCUCUUUGGACGUGUUCAAAUUUAGUGCUGGUCAGAGGGUAGGGCUGAAGAUCCCCUUAGCCACAGCUGGCCAUGCAGUACCCACUCUAGUGCCUGCUCCCUGCAGGGCAGGGACCCCUUGUGAACAGAAGGUGGGGCCGUGCAGCCCCAGUUCAGCAGGGCUCAGGGUUACUAAGCUCCCACUUGAAUUUGGAUGUGGAUCUGGUAAAGUGUCAAGUACCUGUGGAACGCCCUGAUUCACUGCUCCCCACUUGUUCUGAGAGGUCGAGGAAUAGUAUUUUAAAAAGGUAUUUUGUUUUAAUGUUGAGUAGAAAAACAAGCUGCAUUUUUAUUUAUUAUAUAUAAGAAAAGUAAAUCUUUUUACAAAAAAUAAAACCUAGAGUUGGAAACUCUGGGAAAACUUACUGAAAUACACAAAUGCUUCUCUCUCUUUGUAAUGUGCAAUAUACUUUGCUACCAUAGAUGAUAUUUUAUGUUUAAUCUGUAAAUAAGAAAUGUAUUUAAAUUAAAAGGGAGCUUUUUGUAAAAGGACCAAAUGUUCUUUUAUAAAUGUACUAAGGAAUAUCUUGCUCUUUGAAAUUUAUUAGGAUUUUUAUGAAUAAUUUUUAUUAAAAGAUUCUUUUUUGAGUUG